AAAUAUCGACAAUUGAUAGGCCAAGAUCGUGAGUACAUAAAUCGAUCCAAAAGUGGGCGCGGUCAUACAUUUUUGAUGAUCGAAAAAUAUCGACAAUGGAUAGGCCAAGAUCGUUAGUACAUAAUCGAUCCAAAAGUGGGCGCGGUCAUACAUAUUUGAUGAUCGAAAAAUAUCGACGAUGGAUAGGCCAAGAUCGUUAGUACAUAAUAAUCGAUCCAAAAGUGGGCGCGGCCAUACAUUUUUGCUGCGGUGGCGCUGGGGUGAUUAUUACUGGCGCAUGCGUGUUAGCAAAUGACCACGUGUUGUGUAGCAAGUAAUAUGGAGGACAAGGUCAAGCAGGCUAUUAAGCUUCUCGCAUCUAUUGCUGAGAGCUCGGCUGAGAGCUCGGCUGAGAGCACUACACCCAGUACAUCCACUUCAUUGUCAACGCCUUCACAGCAUGGUGUGAGGCAUGGUGCCAGUGGGUCAUGCAGCAGAGCCGUAGAAGCCCUUCGUUCCGUUAGGGAACGACUCCAAGAAGGAACGUCUUCCAGGGAACGACUCCAAGGGGGAACAUCCGAGCAGAAGGCAAACUUUGCCCCAUAUGAGAGAAAGAGUUCAACGAAACACAAGAGUUGGACUGUGAAGUUAGUCUGUCUCAGCAGUACAGAAGCAAAAAAAGUACCCUGCAGUGUGUAUGACCGAAAUGUGCUUGUCAGUGCUGGGUUAGGAGAAAAAAAGACAGUAAUCCCAGACAUAGAAUGCUCUGCAAAGGACUUCAACGAAAUCAUAAUCUCAUCAUUCUCCAAGUUGAAUGGGUGUGGAGGGUUCGAGCUGCUUCGAUGUGUUCCAAAUACUAAAGAUCUGGAAUUAAUUUCACCAGUAAUUGCAGCAUCUCCCAAGGUACUAAAGAGCGUCAUUGGCAAUGGCCGGGUAUUCAUCCGACCCAUUCAAAAAAGCUUAGAUGUCAAUCCUAUAGCAGGAAACUCUAAUGAGCUAAAGGAGAAGUGUUUACACUGUGACAUUAAAGUGCCAGUGGUUGACCUACGUGCUCACGUUAACAUUUGCAAGUGGAAGAAGUCAAGUCUGAGCCGUGGACUCGAAUCAGACAGUGAUUCAGACGACUUUGAAGACCCUGUUCCACCAAGAAGGCCUCCUUUGAGCUUGAAACGAGAACUUCAUUGGGAUAGUGAUGACACUUCCCCCCCACCGAAGAAGCCAACAUCAGAGCCCCUUAUUUCAAUUUCUUCUGAGUCUGACAAUGAUGUUGAACAAACCGAGCAAGAGAUGAUAGACCGUGCAAUUUCUCUCUCUAAGAACAACAGUUCUGAAUCAAUUGCAACAAUAGCAGACCUUCUGAAGUCUCUCUCCAAGUAUGUGACAGGUGAAGAAGUGACUGUAACUGUGAGACGGGAAAAUGUUCUCGACGAUGCUUUACGCACCGUUAGGCGUGGUUCUUUUCCAAUCGACCACACUAUCAUUGUAAGAAGGUGGAGUUUCUUGGGGAGGCAGGUGAAGAUGGGGGUGGUUUAAAACGGGAGUUUUGGUGUCUCCUGUUUAAGCAAGUGAAGUCAUCUUUGUUUGAGGGGGUUGGAGAUCGCCUGGUGCCAAGGCAUGAUGUUGUUGCACUGCAGAACAAGAAAUUUGAACAUGUUGGCAAUUUGAUUGCUAUGGGGUUACUCCAAGGCAGCAGUGGUGUUCCAUUCAUUGCACCUCCGAUAUAAGAGUACUUAUGUGGCGUGAGUGCAGAAUCGGUGAAUGUCAGUGUGGAGGAUGUUCCGGCUUACGAAGUCAAGGAAUAUAUCUCUCAGAUCGAGGCAGCUGAAUGUAAUGAAAGCCUUAGACAGACUUGUCAGAGUGAUAUCGACACUGCACUUGAAGC